CCAAUCCCCGCCCACUCCUCCCCCCCCCUCCGGAGAGAGCCCGGGAAGCUGCUCGGCCCCGCCACCAGCUCCGGGAAGGGGCUCCCCUGCCUGCCUGCCUGCCUGCUUCCUUCGACCCUCGGUCGGUGCCGGUGUCCGUAGGCCGUGUGCUCGCCAGCGGCAGGAUGCGGCCGAGGUGAGUUUCGGCACUUGAGCUGCACAAUCUCUUUGCCUUCCCCGGCUGCCUUGCUGAGGUGGAGAGGUUGAGGAUCCCCCUGGAAGGGAGCUCUUGGUUGCAAGGGCAGGAGAAUGAGCGGGCAGCGUGUGGAUGCCAAAGUUGUGAUGCUGGGCAAAGAAUAUGUGGGCAAGACCAGCUUGGUGGAGAGAUAUGUUCACAACCGCUUCCUGGUGGGACCUUACCAAAAUACAAUAGGUGCUGCAUUUGUGGCCAAAGUGAUGUCAGUGGGAGGACGAACAGUAACCUUGGGAAUCUGGGACACAGCGGGCUCGGAGAGAUACGAGGCCAUGAGCCGAAUAUAUUACCGUGGUGCGAAAGCUGCCAUUGUUUGUUAUGAUCUUACUGAUAGCAGCAGUUUCCAGAGGGCAAAAUUCUGGGUGAAUGAGCUGCAGAACUUUGAGGAGAACUGUCGGAUCUAUUUGUGUGGCACCAAGAGCGACUUGUUGGAUGAGGACAGAAGACGACGGGAAAUUGACUUCCAUGAUGCGCAGGAUUAUGCAGAUGAGAUCAGAGCCGAUCUGUUUGAGACCUCCAGUAAAACUGGACAGAAUGUGGAUGAGCUCUUCCAGAAGGUGGCAGAGGAUUAUGUGCAGUUUGCUGCCUUUGAGAUGACAGAGGAGAAAGGACUUGAUCUGAGCCAAAAGAACACCACUACCUACUUCUACAACUGUUGUCAUCACUAAGUUCCUUCUUGUGUUUGCCAAAAGCAGUGCUCCAUGUCGGGGUUUGUGCUCAUGCUCUUUUGAUGGUUCACUCCUUUUACCUGUUAUUUGGAAUGCCUUGCCCUUUGGACAUAACUGAGCACCACUUGCUGGGAUCUCCCCUUGGAAAGAGGGCUGGGGAGAGAAUGCAGCAGCCCCAAGGCCUUUUCGUACAUACUUGCUGCUUUGUUGACCGGAGACCAAUGAUGGCCUUGUGCUCCUGUUCGCUCUGGAGGCUGCCUCGGUGAUUGAAGUGUGCCAGGAAUUGCUGUUCUUCACAAUAGGCUCUGUGCAAAACAGAGCCUGCGCUGGCUGCCUUUGAUCCUGCCAUUUUGAAGAUGUCUCUGGAUUCUUUGCUUAUUAUUUAAUUGGCUUCUAGUAAGUUAUGCAAAUGUAAAUAAAAGUGCUUUGUGGUCCUGUGUUGUC